GAGGGCGGCGCCCAGGACCCUAGUGGGAGAGUGUCGGCGUCGCGCGCGUGAGGAGGGCCGGGAGGCGCCGGUGGGAGGCGCCGGCGGAGGAGCCCCGCUCGCAGAGCUCCAGCGCCACGAGCGAGGGGAGCGCGGCGCCCGCACAGGCAGAGCGCCCCCGGGGGCGGACACCCGGCGUCCGCACCCCGCUAUGGCGCGCCCCCCGAGCCUGCGACCGCCGCCGCCCGUCCUCCUGCUGCUGCUGCUGCUGCUGCUCGGAGCCGCCUUACCUGGUCUCUCUUUCCCCACAGGGGAUCCCCUCCCCAAAGAGGGCCGGCUCGUGAACAGCUGUAUCCAGGCCAGGAGGAAGUGCCAGGCUGAUCCCACUUGCAAUGCUACCUACCAGCACCUGAAUUCCUGCAUUUCUAGUAUAAGCACCCCAUCACCCGCAGAGGAGCCUUCGGUCCUUGCAAACUGCGUGGAGGCCGCACAGCACCUCAGGAAUAGCUCUCUGAUGAGCUGCACAUGCCACCGGCGUAUGAAGAACCAAGCUGCCUGCCUGGACAUCUACUGGACCGUUCACCCUGCCCGCAGCCUUGGUGACUAUGAGCUGGAUGUCUCCCCCUAUGAAGACACAGUGACCAGAAAACCCUGGAAAAUGAAUAUCAGCAAACUGAACAUGCUCAAACCAGACUCGGACCUCUGCCUCAAGUUCGCCAUGCUGUGCACUCUUAAUGACAAGUGUGACCGGCUGCGCAAGGCCUACGGGGAGGCGUGCUCAGGGUCCCGCUGCCAGCGCUACACCUGCCUCGCGCAGCUCCGCGCCUUUUUCGAGAAGGCGUCGGAGCCCCACGCACAGGGCCUGCUGCUGUGCCCGUGCGCGCCCGCCGACCAGGGCUGCGGGCAGCGCCGGCGAAACACCAUAGCCCCCAGCUGCGCACUGCCGUCUGGGGCCCCCAACUGCCUGGAGCUGCGGCGCCUCUGCCUCUCCGACCCACUGUGCAGAUCACGCUUGGCGGAUUUUCAAACCCACUGCCAUCCCAUAGACAUCCUAGGGACGUGUGCAACAGAGCAGUCCAGAUGUCUGCGAGCAUACACGGGGCUGAUUGGGACUUCCAUGACUCCCAACUUUGUCAGCAAUGUCAACACCAGUGUUGCCUUAAGCUGCACCUGCCGAGGCAGUGGCAACCUGCAGGAGGAGUGUGAGCGGCUGGAAGGGUCCUUCUCUCAGAACCCCUGCCUCAUGGAGGCCAUUGCAGCUAAGAUGCGUUUUCACAGCCGACUCUUCUCCCAGGACUGGGCAGACUCUACCUUUUCCAUGAUGGAACGCCAGAAUAAAAACCUUGCUCUGAGGCCACAGCCCUGGGUGCCCUCUCUUUUCUCCAGCCCACUUACCUUGAUUCUGCUCCCGAGCCUCUGGUAACUGGACUUUCCUGGGGGCCCUCUUCCCCUCUUCUCCACCCAGCCUGACCUGCAGACUACAAGGG